AUGUUUACCACCAAUGAGAAGCCGUCCUCCACAUUGUCCACUAAUGAGAAGCCGUCCUCCACAUUGUCCACCAAUGAGAAGCCGUCCUCCACAUUCUCCACCAAUGAGAAGCCGUCCUCCACAUUCUCCACCAAUGAGAAGCCGUCCUCCACAUUGUCCACCAAUGAGAAGCCGUCCUCCACAUUGUCCACCAAUGAGAAGCCGUCCUCCACAUUCUCCACCAAUGAGAAGCCGUCCUCCACAUUCUCCACCAAUGAGAAGCCGUCCUCCACAUUGUCCACCAAUGAGAAGCCGUCCUCCACAUUGUCCACCAAUGAGAAACCGUCCUCCACAUUGUCCACCAAUGAGAAGCCGUCCUCCACAUUCUCCACCAAUGAGAAGCCGUCCUCCACAUUGUCCACCAAUGAGAAGCCGUCCUCCACAUUCUCCACCAAUGAGAAGCCGUCCUCCACAUUCUCCACCAAUAAGAAGCCGUCCUCCACAUUCUCCACCAAUGAGAAGCCGUCCUCCACAUUCUCCACCAAUGAGAAGCCGUCCUCCACAUUCUCCACCAAUGAGAAGCCGUCCUCCACAUUCUCCACCAAUAAGAAGCCGUCCUCCACAUUCUCCACCAAUGAGAAGCCGUCCUCCACAUUGUCCACCAAUGAGAAGCCGUCCUCCACAUUGUCCACCAAUUAG